AUGUCAACUUUAGCUACAACUUUCUUAGUUAAUAACCCACUAGAGCAAUUUGAAAUUAAUGAUUUUGUUUUCAUUUUAGCUCCAAUUUUUGGAUUUACUAAAUUAUCUUUAACUAACAUCGGAUUCUAUUUAAUUAUGGUAGUAACUGUUACUAUCGGUAUGAAUGUUUUAUCUCGAAAUAACGGUUAUGUUAUUCCUUCUCGAUGGGCUAUUCAUUCUGAAUCGGUAUAUGGAUCUAUUUUAAAUCUAGUUCGAGAACAAAUUGGACCAAAAAACGAAGUUUAUGUACCACUUAUCUUUACUUUAUUCAAUUUUGUUUUUACAACAGCUAUCCUUAUUGGAGUAACUAAUAUUGGAUUCCAACGACAUGGAUUAGGAUUCUUUGCUUUCUUUAUUCCAGCUGGUACUCCUUUAGCCCUAGUAUUCUUACUAGUAGCUAUUGAGUUAAUUUCUUACUUAGCUCGAGCUGUUUCUUUAGGUGUUCGAUUAGGUGCUAAUAUGAUUGCAGGACAUUCUCUAUUAAAAAUUAUUUCUACAUUUACUGCGAAAAUGGUAAUUGCGGGACCAUUACUACUUCUAGUAAAAUUUGGUAUUGCUGUUCUUCAAAGUUACGUAUUUACGAUUUUAACAUGUUCUUACUUAAAAGAUGCAAUUGAUUUACACUAA